AUGUAACAAUUUAACAAAUUCCAAACCCACACCUCCAUCAGAAGAAAAUGUUCUUGGAACAUUCAGUUAAACGAAUGCGAAACUUUGAAACAAUAAUUGUGCUAUAGUAUUUUGAUGAAAAUGAUUUUUCAGACAUACAUUAACAAAAUAAGUUAAAAUACUGUUACCACUAGAGAUAGCUCAUUUGCAAGAAUUAAUGACAAAGACCAUACCUAUAUUGGUAUGAGAACAGAUUAUUAAUUCUAAAAACCAAUUAAUCCAUUAUUUGAUCCCCUUAACGUGUAUUUUAUGAUAGAUGAAAGAUCUAAAAAUACUGAAAGAGAAGUAUACACAUUUUUUGAUGCCCUUUCUGCAACUGGAGGUUAUAUGGAGAUUGUUAAACUAAUAUGUUUAGCCUUAGUUAGUUAAUUUAGACAUGAUAUGUUUUUCUCCUCAAUAAUAAAGAAAUUUUAUUUUGAAGAGAUUAAGCAAUCAAAUUAAAAGACUAAUAUUAAAAAUUAUAGGACCUUUGCUAACGCGUCUCAAAAUGAUGAAAGCAUUUAAAAUGAGAGUAACUUCAGCUAAGUUGAUUUAAAAGAUUAAACAGAUGCUUAAGCUGAGUUUAAAAACAAAAAAUAAUAGUCUUUACACUAAUAAUACAUAGAGCAAAUAAGAAAAAGAUGA